UGGUAUACAUGAUUCAAUCGAUCACCUUGUUGCCACUGUUAUUAGAAAAACAAAUAUCGAUUUUAAAUAAUAGCUAAUGUCCAUCAAUUUUAUUGAUGCCAGCAUGAAAGUUGCUAGUACUACUAUAAUUUUCUUGAUUGUGUUGUUAGAGUGCGAAAGUUUAACGUUUUUAAAGAAAAAUGACCAAAAUAAAACUUUACAAGUGUCAACAAAAACUGGUAUUGUACAAGGAAGAGAAAGGAGAACCACUAAACAAACUCAAUUUUUUUCAUAUGAAGGAAUUCCUUUUGCUCAGCCGCCAAUAAAUAAUUUGAGAUUCAGGAGUCCGCAACCUGUUAAACCUUGGAGGGGAGUCUUAAAUGCCACAGACCUAAGCGAAGGUUGCAUUGAAAUUAGGAUACGAUUUAUUGAAAUAUACACGCCAGGGUCUGAAGAUUGUCUCUAUUUGAAUGUAUACACUCCUAAAAACAGGAAAAUUUCUAAAGAUGGUCUCCUACCAGUCAUCGUUUGGAUAUACGGAGGCGGAUUUAUAGAGGGAUUAGCUGCCCUUUACGGACCAUAUAAUCUUUUGGACAAAAAUUUAGUAGUAGUAACCUUUAACUACAGAUUAGGUGCUUUUGGAUUUUUAAGUACAGAAGACGAAGCAUCUCCUGGAAAUUACGGCUUGAAAGAUCAAAACGCGGCUCUACGAUGGAUAAAUGCCAAUAUAAAGCAAUUUGGUGGUGAUCCUACCAAAGUGACUAUCUCUGGACAUAGCGCUGGCGCUUCCAGUGUACUCCAUCAUAUGAUUGCACCAAAAAGUCGUGGAUUGUUCAGUAGAGCGAUAGCUUGGAGUGGAGAUACCACAAGUGUAUGGGGGGAACAGAAACAAGCGAAAUCUACAGCCUUAGAUCUGGCAGCUAGUCUUGGUAUUAAUACUGACAAUACCACCGAAGUUAUAGAACGACUUCGUAUGGUAGAUGCCAAACAAUUGACUUCUGCUCAAAUGAUGACUGUACUAGUAUACUCUACAACUAUUUUUAGCAGCGGUGUGUCAUUCUGUCCUAGCGUUGAACCUGACAUUCCUGAAGCAUUUUAUACAGAACCAUCCUAUGAAACGUUAAAAAAAGGUGACAUCGCAAAAGUGCCUCUGAUGAUUGGAACCGCUAGUAUGGAAGCUGGUUUGUUCGCAAAACUGUUCUACCUAAUAAAACCGCUGCUUGUUUAUUUGGAUAUAAGCCCCAGUUCGGUUCCCAAUGGAAAGAUAAAGAAGUCGUCGUUUCAGGAGAACCGUCGUAUUGGUAAAAGAUUGCUAGAGAAGUAUUUCGCAUCGAAAUCAAUUUCAGGAAGUGCCAAUCAUGAAUUAAUCACUUUUUUUACGCAUCUUAUAUUUCUGAUUCCAAUUACUAGAACUGCUAGAUUAUUGUCUCCGCACAUACCAGUCUACUUUUUUGUUAAUGAUCAUCAAGAAAAAUAUGCCAAAUUAUUUUUAGAAGCUUCCAAAUUUCCUAUAGAUCCUAAAACAAACGGAGUAACUCAUGGCGAAGACGUCCCUUUAAUUUGGAUUUACAGUCAUUUAGGGACACCACCGCAAAGUCUUUUUAUUCAGAAGAAGUUUCUACAGCUGUGGAAAAAUUUUGCAACUACAGGGAAUCCAACUCCGACUUUUGAUCCAGCAAUAGGAACAAUAUGGCCGCCGAUUACUGAUAAUAAUAAUAUUUCGUAUUUAGCCAUAAAAGAUGAUGUCAAAGUUGAAUAUAAUUACAAAAAGGAUAUAAUUGACUUUUGGGAUGAAACUUUAAAUGAAUUUAUAAAAUAAUAAUGUACCUAUCAUUUUUU